GUGAAAUGCAACUUUCACCGAGUUCGACGCAUCGUUCCGAAAGACACUUCUUUCAUUCACAAGUACACAAGUGCUGGCCGGGUUUUGCCGGCAGUCAGUUGUCGUCGAUGCUGCAAUGUGGUCGAGACGUCUGCUUUACGUGACUUUCGUUGCAGUGCUCAGUGUAACGGUCCAGCAAUGUAGCGCCGGUCUACCGCCGAGAGAUGAAUACAUCUGGGGAAACCGCGACGACAGCACGGAUCGCGUGUGCAUGUCGCAAUCGGUUGUUAUCGAGCCCACUUGGGAAGCAUUCUUUAGCUUCUUUCGUCCCGUCACGAGACUUGUGUCUUUCAUUCCUCCACGGCCGGAUCAGGUGGUGCGUUACAUACGCAUCUGGACGGAUGCACCAUGGUAUCGGUUUCGGGCCGAUCUGGUACACGGUGGCGUCGGUACGAAGGCCCCAGUUGCUACGAUCAUUCAACUGAGCCGUCACUGGAUGUUGUUUGCAAAUAUUGUGAUUUAUUGCUCGACAGUACCGCCAUAACUUUCAAGUUCCAGUUGUAGUUCCUUCGCAUAGGAACUUCACAAAUAAAAACAAAUAUACAUCAUAAACUAUGAAUCUUCCUGUAAUGCUGUCCA